CCGUGCGCUAGCAGCGCGGAUAGCAGCAGCAAACGCAACAGCUAGAGAACAGGCAACAACAGCGAGAGCAGUAGCGAUGGCUAAUGGCGCAAGCUCUGCUGCGUCAUCAUCUGCGUCCUCGUCAGGGACUAAUGGGGGCCAGUUGGGAAUGCCAACGAGUUCCACAAGUUCCUUGGGCACUUCCGGUUCCACAGGUUCUAGACAGUCUUUUAGUCAAAUGGCGGGCGCGCAGUUCAGCCCGUUGACCCCGCGUCAGAGGGAGCUCAGAGAGAUCCAGCAGGUCGAGAUGCUCCGCCGUAAGUUAGAGCAGGACCUGAAAGAAGCUACCGAUAGAGAAAAUGCGAUGAAAACUAGAGCAGCUAGGCUUGAAACUUUAGAGGCUGACAAGGCUGAAUUAGAGGGUUUGGAUGAGUCAGCAUUGACUGACCCGCUGAAAGUACUGAAGAAGAAUAUGCUGUCAUUACACGCACACGUGGACAGCAAAUUAGACUUCAUGCAGAGCACUCUAGACCAGAUCCUAGAUGCGUUGACAAAGCCAGGAUUCCGGCGACCAACACAAUCACCGUUGCCGUUAUCGGCGAUGUCAAGCCCCUUUCAAGUUCAAGCUGAUAAGUUUGCCGUGGUAUACCUAGAUGACAUUCUGAUCUUUAGUAAGUCUGCCGAGGAGCACGCAAAGCACGUUGAGAUAGUUCUCUCACUCCUGCGACAACGCAAGUAUAAGGUCAACUUAGAGAAGUGUGAGUUCGGUCACACUAAAAUACUAUACUUGGGUCAUGAAGUAACUGCGGAGGGAAUUAGGCCGGAAGAUGCAAAAGUGGCUAGUAUUCGAGACUGGCCACGACCUCAGACAGUCACUGAGGUCAGGUCAUCCUUAGCAAUGUGCGGCUACUAUAGAAACUUCGUUAAGAACUAUUCUACAGUCGCCUCUCUUUUGACUGAUCUAACUCGACUUGACACACCGUGGGACUGGAGUAAUGAGUGCGAGAAUGCUUUCAAGAGAUUGAAGCAUGCACUCAUGAAUCAUGAGGUCCUCAUGGUUUCCGAUCCGCAGAAGUCAUUCAUAGUGACCACUGAUGCAAGCCAAUACGGCAUUGGCGCAGUGCUGGCUCAGCAGGAUGGGAAAAAGUUGAGACCGAUUGAGUACAUGAGUAUGAAGAUGCCAUCGAAGAAGUUGGCUAAGUCCACCUACGAAAGGGAACUCUAUGCUCUCUACAAGGCACUUGUCCAUUGGAGACACUUCCUUUUGGAAAGAUUCUUCUAUCUGAGGACUGAUCAUCAGACCCUCAAAUGGAUUAAGACUCAACCGGCUCUUUCUGAUGCACUCAAGCGAUGGAUUGAGGUCAUAGACCAAUAUGACUUCAAGCUUGAGUACCUGAAGGGAGAGUACAACAAGGUUGCAGACGCGCUAUCACGUAGAGCAGACUACCAAGGAUUGAGUGUUUCCAUGGAUUUCAUGGACACCCUAGUGACCAGCAAGAGUGGACCGUAUUACUGGAGAUCGCUGACGAUGAUUGUGCUUCUUUGCGUAGUUAAGAUCUGGAUGCUGAUGCUGAUGUCGAAGCUGAGGCAGAUCCAGAGCGUUGGUGAUGAUCUUGAUGUCGUGACGAGUGACGGUCUGACGAUGAUGAGUUCGAUGACGUGGCCGAGGACGACCUGAGAGCUGCUGAUGAUUGCUGACUCGUGAUGGUCUUGAUGCCGUGGCUGACUGGACGUGAUUACCUAUACUUGCCAAUGACGAUGACGAGAUCGAUGACGUGGCCGAUGACGCCCUGAGUGCUGCUGAUGAUUGCGAAACCUAGGAUGACGAUGAUGAGUUCGAUGACGUGGCCGACGACGACCUGAGAGCUGCUGAUGAUUACUGACUGGUGACGGUCUUGAUGCCGUGGCUGACUGGACGUGAUUACCUGUCCUUGCCAAUGACGAUAACGAGUCCCAUGACAUGGCCGAUGACGUGGCCGAUGACGUCCUGAGCACUCCUGAUUAACGGCUGCAAGGUUGCAGGGUGAUGACAAACUCUAGGGUGAUGAUGAAUUCCCUAAAAAAUCCUCCAGAUGCGAUGAUGGUAGUUGAAUGUAGCCCCCCGGACAAUGUGUGUAUCCUUGGCGUCGGCUACAAGUGCGCGAUGGUGCUCCACAGC